AUGAUGAGGAAGGGAGGGACUGGACUGACUGAUGAAUGGAUAGAUAGGACGGAGUUGUUGCUACCGCCGCCACCGCCACCGCCACCGCCGCCUCCACCGCCGCCGCAAUCACCACCGACUAUUACUACUAUUACUACUGAUAUUACUACUAUAACUGUGUUGUUGUUGCUUUAG